AUGGAUGCAAAGGUUGGUCCAAGGACUGUGCUCACAGUUGAGGAGGAAAAUUUUGUUGAAGAUGCACUGCUGUACGCUGCUCGUCACUUCAUCGGGAUCGACCGGACCGCGCUGCAAGAACAUGUGCGCCAGCUGCGCAACGACGGUCGGGAUAUCCGGUGGGUUGCAGCAGUCGGCCCGGGGCGAUCAUGGCUAGACGGCUUCUUCAAGAGGCAUCCUGCGCUUUCGGAACGCAGCGCCCGCAUCUACGAGGCCAACAGGAUCAUGAGCGACGACGAGACACGCCUGCAGACGUUCUACAAGGACUUUGGCGAGUUCGUUGACAAGGAAAAGAUCCCUGCCGAUCACCUGUGGAACACAGGUGAGANCUUCAUCGGGAUCGACCGGACCGCGCUGCAAGAACAUGUGCGCCAGCUGCGCAACGACGGUCGGGAUAUCCGGUGGGUUGCAGCAGUCGGCCCGGGGCGAUCAUGGCUAGACGGCUUCUUCAAGAGGCAUCCUGCGCUUUCGGAACGCAGCGCCCGCAUCUACGAGGCCAACAGGAUCAUGAGCGACGACGAGACACGCCUGCAGACGUUCUACAAGGACUUUGGCGAGUUCGUUGACAAGGAAAAGAUCCCUGCCGAUCACCUGUGGAACACAGGUGAGGUAGCACUCCACAGGGCACCAAGACAAUGGAAGGUGAUUGCGGAGAGCGGACAGAAAGUGGUUGGAGCGAUGCGUUCAAACUCGAGAGAAAACGUGACGGUGGUGGUCACCAUCAGCGCGGCGGGUGCCACCCUCGCCACGUGGAUCAUCUACAAAGGGCAGCGUCUGCAAGCGGACCGGGUCAAAGGCAGAAACGGCCCUCCGAACGCGCGACUGGCAGUCACCGAUUCCUCGGUCAUGCAGGGGACCGUAUUCGUCAACUACAUUCGCGACUUUCACCGGCAGCUUCUCGACCGCGGCUUGAUCAACGGCACGCCACACGUGCUCGUGCUUGAUGGCCACGCCUCGCAUGUUACCUACAAAGUUGUCAAAUUGGCCAGGGACCUAAACAUCGUCCUUUACCAGCUACCGUCCCACUCGUCUCAUGUUGUUCAGCUCUUGGACGUCGGGUAGUUCGGGUCAUUCAAGCGGGA